AUGCUCGCGCUGUCUCGCCUCUUUGCCUUGUGUGCCCUCGGUUUGGCGGCCUCCGUGAGCGCCGCCCCGAUCCAAGUAGCGCGCUCCUCCGCCUUGAGCGGCCAAGACUCGGAGCUCAAUGCCCGCAAGGCAAAGGUUCUCACGCAGGCAGCCACCUUUGACUCCAAAAGAUGGAAGGACAUCCGCGUCGGAGACCUCGUCCGCGUGGAGAACAACGACUUUAUCCCCGCCGAUCUCAUCCUCAUCAGCUCCUCCGAGCCAGAGGGCCUCUGCUUCAUCGAAACCUCAAACCUCGACGGCGAAACAAAUCUAAAGAUCAAACAGGCCUCGCCCCACACCGCCUCCCUCACCGCACCUCACCUCGUCACCGCCCUCCGCGGCUCUCUCCGAUCAGAGCACCCCAACAACUCUCUCUACACUUACGAGGGCACCCUCGAUCUCACCACCGCACAGGGUUUCCCAAAGCAGGUCCCGCUCGGCCCCGAUCAGAUGCUCCUCCGCGGCGCCCAGAUCCGCAACACCCCCUGGGCUUACGGCCUCGUCGUCUUCACCGGCCACGAGACAAAGCUCAUGCGCAACGCAACCGCCGCACCCAUCAAGCGCACCGCCGUCGAGCGGCAGGUCAACGUCCAGAUCGUAUUUCUCUUCAUCCUCCUGCUCGCCCUCUCCCUCGGCUCCACCAUCGGCAGCAGCAUUCGCUCCUGGUUUUUUGCGGACAAGCAAUGGUACCUGCUCGAGACCACGUCCCUCUCCGGUCGCGCUACGGGUUUCAUCGAAGACAUCUUGACGUUCAUCAUUCUCUACAACAACCUGAUCCCCAUCUCCCUCAUCGUCACCAUGGAGGUCGUCAAGUUCCAGCAGGCACAGCUCAUCAACUCGGACCUCGACAUGUACUACGCCAAGACGGACACCCCCGCCCUCUGCCGCACCUCCUCCCUCGUCGAGGAGCUUGGCCAGAUCGAGUACGUCUUUUCCGACAAGACGGGCACCCUCACCUGCAACGAGAUGGAGUUCCGUUGCUGCUCCAUCGGCGGCACCGCCUACGCCGACGAGGUCGACGAGUCCCGGCGCGACGCCGCCGACGACGCCGAGGGCAAGGACACCUGGCGCACCUUCAAGGACAUGCGCGCCAUCCUCGACGGCGCAGGCGCCAACCCCUUCCUCGACACCGCCGCCCCCGCCUCCGCCAGGGAACGCGACGUCCUCGUCGAGUUUCUCACCCUCCUCGCCGUCUGCCACACCGUCAUCCCAGAGCUCAAGGACGGCAAGAUGGUCUACCAGGCCAGCAGCCCCGACGAGGCCGCCCUCGUCGCCGGCGCGGAGCUCCUCGGCUUCCAGUUCCGCACCCGCAAGCCCAAGUCCAUCUUUGUCGACGUGCUCGGCGUGUCCCAAGAGUUCCAGAUCCUCAACGUCUGCGAGUUCAACUCGACCCGCAAGCGAAUGUCCACCGUCGUCCGCGCCCCCGACGGCCGCAUCAAGCUCUACUGCAAGGGCGCCGACACCGUCAUCUUUGAGCGCCUCAGCAAGGUCCAGCCCUACAGCGAAAAGACCCUCGUCCACCUCGAGGACUACGCGACCGAGGGCUUACGCACGCUCUGCAUCGCCUACCGCGACAUCCCAGAGUCCGAGUACAAGCAGUGGUCCGCCGUCUACGACCAGGCCGCCGCCACCAUCAACGGCCGCGGCGACGCCCUCGACAAGGCCGCCGAGAUCAUCGAGCGCGACAUGUUCCUCCUCGGCGCGACCGCCAUCGAGGACAAGCUCCAGGAGGGCGUACCCGACGCCAUCCACACCCUCCAGAUGGCCGGCAUAAAGGUCUGGGUCUUGACCGGCGACAGGCAGGAGACCGCGAUCAACAUCGGCAUGUCCUGCCGCCUGAUCACAGAGUCGAUGAACAUGGUCGUCAUCAACGAGGAGACCAUGCACGACACCAAGACCACCCUCGAGCGCCGUCUCACCGCCAUCAAGAGCCAGCGCAGCUCCGGCGAGCUGGAAGAGCUCGCUCUCAUCAUCGACGGCAAGAGCCUGACGUACGCGCUCGAAAAGGAGCUGUCCAAGACCUUCCUCGAACUCGCCAUCAUGUGCAAGGCCGUCAUCUGCUGCCGCGUGUCCCCGCUCCAAAAGGCGCUCGUCGUCAAGCUCGUCAAGAAGAACCAAAAGUCCAUCCUCUUGGCCAUCGGCGACGGCGCCAACGACGUCAGCAUGAUCCAAGCCGCCCACGUCGGCAUCGGCAUCUCUGGCGUCGAGGGUCUGCAAGCGGCGCGCUCCGCCGACAUCGCCAUCUCGCAGUUUCGCUUCCUCAAGAAGCUGCUCUUGGUCCACGGCGCCUGGAGCUACCAGCGCCUGUCCAAGCUCAUCCUCUACUCGUUCUACAAGAACAUCGUGCUGUACAUGACCCAGUUCUGGUUCUCGUUCUUCAACAACUUUUCGGGCCAGAUCGCGUACGAGUCCUGGACCCUGUCCUUGUACAACGUCGUCUUCACCGUCCUUCCGCCGCUCGUCAUCGGCGUCUUUGACCAGUUCGUCUCGGCCCGCAUCCUCGAUCGCUAUCCACAGUUGUACAUGCUCGGACAGCAAAACGCGUUCUUCACAAAGACCGCGUUCUGGCUCUGGGUCCUCAAUGCCCUCUAUCACAGUGUGGUCCUGUUUGGGUUCUCCGUCAUUCUCUUUUGGGGCGAUCUCAAGCAGGCGACCGGGCUCGACUCUGGCCACUGGUACUGGGGGACCAUGCUCUAUCUUGCGGUGCUCCUGACCGUCCUAGGAAAAGCGGCCCUGGUGUCCGACCUAUGGACAAAGUACACCGUGGCCGCCAUCCCCGGCUCCUUUGCGUUCACCAUGCUCUUCCUGCCCUUGUACGCCGUCGUCGCCCCCGCCAUCGGCUUUUCCCUCGAGUAUCAAGGGCUGGUCCCGAGGCUCUGGACCGACGCCGUCUUUUACUUCAUGCUCCUGCUUGUCCCGGUGUUUUGUCUCAGUCGGGACCUGGUUUGGAAGUACUACAAGCGCACGUACAUGCCCGCGUCGUACCACAUCGCGCAGGAGAUCCAAAAGUACAACAUCCCCGACUACCGGCCGCGGCAGGAACAGUUCCAAAAGGCGAUCAAGAAGGUGCGCGCCGUCCAGCGCAUGCGGCGCAAUCGCGGCUUUGCGUUCAGCCAGACGGAGAACCCGGGACGCCAGGACCAGUCGCGCCUCAUUCGCGCGUACGACACGUCAAAGUCGGACGCGCGCCCGUCGGGGUAUUGA